UUCUUCUCUGUCUAAUCAGCUUUCAAAGGCUAACCGGCGAACCCAAAGACGAAGAGUUUUGGGUUAAAAUCAGGGUCGGGUCGACUCAGUGAGAGUCUUGUAGUUCUAGGGUUUAUCAGUCUCUCUCAUGAGCAUUCAAAAACUAGGCGGUAGACGGAGGUGAUUUACGUGCUGUUUCUCGUUUCUGAUGUCUUAUAGAUUGGAAUCUUAAAGCUUCAGUUUCAGCUUCUUUUGAUGAAGCACUUCAACUAUAACAACUUCCUCCAAGUCCCAUAGAAAUUAUCGCAGCAAUGGCGGCAGAUGUACCAGUGCAGUCUUCGUCCAAUCCAUGCUGUGCAGCGUGGAAGCACAGCUAUUCCAAGUUAGAACAGAAGCGAAAUUAUCUGCGGGAAGCUGUGAGGAUCCUCGAAGAUCAGCUUGAUAAGAAGCAAAAAGAAUGCCAGGAGGAGCGGUCAAAGGCAGAUAUCGAGAAAGAGAAGAAAGAGAAAGAAUUGGCUGCUAGAGUGUCUUUGGAGAAAGAACUAUCUUCCUUGAAGUCUGCUAGAGUGUCUUUGGAGAAAGAACUAUCUUCCUUGAAGUCUGAGAUUUUGUCUAUAAAACCAAAAGAAGACACAAAUACUGAGGAUCAAAAUGGGAAAGUGAAUCUUCUUCAAGCAUGUGUUUCUGAAAAAGAAAAUGAAAUCAACCGUCUCAAGAAGCUUAUCGAAAAAGAAACUAAAAGGGCAGAUUCAGAAAAGAAAAAGACUGAACUGGAGAAGAAAAAAAACGCUGAAGCACAAAAAAUAAUGAAAGACAAAAAACGUGAGGCUGAUGAAGAAAAGAAACUUGUCCAGUUUGAAAAAGAGAGAGCUGAGGAAUAUAGGCAUCAGUUGGAGAUAUGUAAGAAAGAGGCUGAUGAAGCAAAAUUGUUGUUAGGUUCUGAAAAAGUAAAACUUGAAGAGGCAAACAAAAAGCUUGAAGCCGAAAAAUUAAAAGUAGUCAAGGAGAAAAAGCAUGCAACUUCGGAGAAAGCUAAAGCAGAGAAGCAAAGGAAGCUCGCAGAAGCUAACAAAAACAAGGCUGUCGAAGAAAAACACUAUGCUGAAAAUUUGUCUCUUCAAUUGGAAGAGUACAAAAAAGAAAUUGAUGAAUUGAAGAAAGAAGUACAUAAACUUAGGUCUUCUAGAAGUUUCUGUGAGGCUUCUGGUGCCAAACCUGAUGAUACAGCAAAGUCUGUAACUAUGAAGGAGGUAGGCAGAGAAGCAGAGAAAUCAAAGAUAGUCUUGGAGCUUUCUUCAAAAUUGGAGGAAGCAAACAAAAGGUUUCAACUCGAGAAUCAGAAGGCAAUUAAGGAAAAAGCACGAGCACAUGCAGAGAUGGUGAAAACAGAAGAACAGAAAAGGCUUGCUGAAAUGAAUUGGAAGAAAGCAAUGGAAGAGAAGUCUCGUGCUGAUAGUUUAUCCUGGCAGUUAGAAGAAAACAAGCAGAAGAUUGAUGAAUUAUCUAACAAGAUGCAUGAAUUUUUGUCCGUUAGAAAAUUGGUCGAGUCAUCUGCUCUUUCACUGGACAAAGCUAUGGAUGCUGAUAGUAUGAAAGUGAAACUGUUGAAGAAAGAACUUAAGCUCGAGAAAAUGCAGAAAAAGAUUGCAAAACAAGUAAUAAAGCUGGAAAAAAGUAGAAACAGUAUCCUACAACAUAAUUUAGGUUGCUUGAAGCUCGAAUUUGAUCAAUUUCUUCAUCAACUGGAGAUGCUAAAGAAAUCUCUAUCUCCUAGCACAGAAGGUACAUAUGGCCUGGAGAAGCCUCUAUCAAGGUUCAGAAUGAAUAAUCUAUAUGGUUCAGAAUCUUUACUGAUGCACCUACAAAGUCGUGACGAACUUCUAAUGCUUAUGCAUCCAACUAUUGAUCCCUCUGAUAACUUGAGGCAAACCUUUCAACAUGCUGCACCAAUGAGUCAAGUGUCUGGAGAAAAUUGUAUUGAAUCUAUUACAGGUAUUGAUUCUAAAUUGGAGUCUCUACUUGGAGGCUCUACCAGAACAAUGUUAACGAGUAAUGCAAUAAAUUCCAGUAUGGCAUCUUUUUCUGAUGGACAGUUGGUGGGCUCACAGGACAAGGGUGCCUUUUCUGUUACGACAUCAGCAAAAUUGGUUGGAGAGAAUUUCCAACCAGCAAUUUCCAACUUGUCUGGUGAGGAUACCAAAGUGAGGUGCUCUGAAAAUCUGGCUGUUGUUGAUGAAAGUAGUGUUAGAAGUCCUGUUAGCACUGGUGAUGUUGGAAGAGUCUCUGAGCAUGGCAGAAAGAGGAAAAGGAUGCUUGAUGCAGUGGAAUCUAUUGAGCAUGAUAUGCUUUAUAAGAAGGGCAAGGCAUCUCUUCCCAAGAAACUACUAAUGCAGAAUGAUUGUGACAGUAAUGGGCAGAAGAGGAGAGAUAAAGUAGAAACCGAAAUAUGUGGAUAUGCGGAUUCUCCAACUGGCAUUGAUCUGAUAGGGACUGCUGAAGCAAACAGAGAAGGCAUGAGUGAUUCUGUUACAAGCGACUUUGAAACUAUGACAGGUUUUAAGGAACUAGCAGAUGGUGAUUACAUGAAACUGCUAAGCUUGGAUAACGAUGCUGAUGAGGAAUCUUACAGGGCAGCAAUAGAAAUGCCCCUGUCCCCUACGCUUCCUGAGAUUGAUGUUCAGCAUGUUGAAAUGUUCAAUGUGGAUAAUAGUAGACCUUUAGUUAAUGAAACCUUCUGUGAAGUGUUGUCAAAUAAAGAAGGAAAAGUGUUACCCUUGUGCGGACUUGAUGUGAUCAAUAUGGAAAUUGGUUCCAAUAAAUCAAACUAUAGUGGCUCUGGAGCAUCAUGUUCAUUAAUGCAUGAGUAUGUAUGCUGCAGUAGUUCUUUAGACAUACCAGGGCACAAUGGAAACACCACUAAAGUGGAGAGAGCAUCCGAUUGCCUGGGUGGGGAAUUGGACAUGUCUAAUGCACCUAUUUCAGGAGAUAAGGAGGGUAAGUUUCCAUUUCAAAAUGGACUUAGAUCUGCAAGUGAGAGUAUUCUAGUACACUCUGUUAUUUCUAAGAAUAUUGAGGAUAGAAGCAGCAUUUCUAGGAUAUAUUUUGCAAUUAGGACUUGUAUGGCACAUUGCGCUUUGGUUGCUCAACCAGAGUGGAUUGUACGAGAGAUUCUGCUUGCUCUUGAGAGAGAAGAACAACUUUUAGCAAAGGAGAAGGUCUCUGUAUUUUUUUCGCUGUUGCUGCUCAACUUCUCUUCAGCUGCUUUUGCCAAAUUUGGUAACUCUAUAAAUUGGGCGUCUAUCCCCUGCUUGGACUCUUUUGCUGGCCAUGUGCAUUCAGUGAUGUCUGAUAUGGAGAUAAGUAGCAAGUUUGUAAAACUGUGUUGUUUGGAUGACUUGCUAAGUCUAGUUGAGGAUUUUCUCGUAGAUGGAAGUGUAAUGGUCUAUGAAGAUGUUUCUCCUAACUCGUUGAUGGAGUGCGAUUCAAGAGUUCACAUGCCUCUUGAUGGCUCAAAUAUAAGAUUGUCCUCUCUACCAGCAUCGACAGAACAGUUGGUGGCAGGGAGUGUUAUAUUGGCAUCAAUAUGUGCAGCAAUUGAUCGCGUUGGUUUUAUCUGUGAGACAUCCUACAACAUUUUAAGGAUUUGCAGAUUCAAUAAUUCAUUGGUGCUGACUAUUCUUCAUAUCUUCGCUCAUUUGGGUGGAGAAAAGUUUUUCAGCUUGAGCAACUAUGAUUUAAUGAUGACUGUCUUGAAAUCUAUAGUUAGAUAUCUUGAGGGAAAAAAUUCAUCAGAUACUGCUUGUUGUAUUCCAUCUAUAAGCGAUGCUCAUACCAAGUUCUGCCUUUCGGACGAAUGCCCAUUUUCGAAGGAUUACAUUUCUGUGGAUGCUGUUACGUCGUUGCUUUUAGAGAAGCUCAAGAUUAAUGCUCUCUUAGGGCAUGAAGAUGCGAUAAAACCUGUUCAUUUGUUAAAGUCCAUGGUACUGUUGGACAAAUAUAAGGCUGAAGAGAGUUUAAGUGAUGAAAGGAAUCAUUUUGACAUUGAAAAUAAAGCUGAUGUAUCUGCUAAUCAAUCAGAUGCAAUCACCAGUGUGACUUUAAAUGACUUUAAUGAUCUCCUGUCAUUGGUGGAGCUGGUUGCAUGCCUCAUGGGCUGGGAGUGGGCAUAUGUUGAAGUUGUUCCUUCAUUGCUGAAACUGUUGGAAUCAUGUGCAAUUGAAAACUUUACUUCUGGUAUUAUUAUUCUCCUCGGUCAACUUGGAAGGCUCGGAGUUGAUGCAUUUGGAUAUGAAGAUAAAGGUGUUCAACAAUUGAGGUGUAAACUUGUUACAUUCCUUUGUGGUGGUUGUACCAAGAAAGGUCUGCUUGUGCAAAUUGCGACGGUUACUGCUUUGCUAGGCCUCCUUUCUCUUGAUUUUGAGACAAUAAUACAGGAUACCGUGAAGUUUUUGGCAAAUUCAAGUCAAUCUUUUGCUGCUGAUUCGAUAAAGAAAUGGUUUUCUUCGCUGAGUGGAAAGCAACAAGACUUGUCGCUUAACCUUUUACAAACCGGUGGUGUAAAUAGGAACUGAGAUACUUUUCGUUGUUGAAAAAUUGGAUGUAGUAGAUCUGCAACGGUGCUUUGGAUGGAAGUUAUUGUGUAAAUUGUAGGAAAUUUUGGUCAUCCUUUUCCCCUUUUCUAGGAAUGUUAGACAUGGAAGAACUUGAGGAUGUAGAGACGGCUGCUGCAGAAGGCCUACGAGCUAGGCCCCAUAAAGAGGAGGAUCCAACACCAAACAAUAUUGAUUAUUGAAAAUUGUAUUUUGUUUA